ACAUACUCCUGUUGUUCAGUGUGUUUUCUUGCUAAAGGGCCGUGUCAGUAGCAUAGAAUAUAUAUUUGCUGAACAUUGCCUUUAUGUGUAAAGUCUCAUGGCAUCAUUUGAUUUCGUCAGAGACAAAUUAACUGAGUGGAACCUCAGUGACUUGAUUCAGAGGUUUGAAGAUGAAGAAAUUGAUGAAGAAAGUUUCCUCUUCCUUAAGGAGAAAGACUUCAUCAACUUGAUUCCAAAAAUAGGACCAAGGUCUACAUUUAGAAAAAAACACAAAGCAUUUCUCAAGAAACAGAAGCAACCCGAUGACGAUAAGAACAUUCAAGCGGCCACGUGGUCAUCAGUAUCCAUUAAGGCCUCCAAGAGUUCCUCAGAAAAUGUUACUGGUGAGAUGGUCAACCAAGAGUCUUGUCAAAAGGCCAUCAUAAAACCCAGAAAUCAACCUCCUAAACAAGCAGAGACUAAAAGGUCAUUGGUUAAACUCUUAGGUACAGGAAGUGUGCCCACAACGAACACCUCUGGAAUGGGGAAAACAGUGUUUGACCAGAGUGAACCCUCGACCAGUAAAAUACGCCCUCUUCAAGUGAAUAUCCCAAGCAAAAGGAAAUCUGAUGAGGCCCAUGCAAACAAACAAAGAAAGAAACGACAACGUGUUGCUGCGUCCAGAAUAACUGAGACAUUUGAAACUGAAACCAAGACAGAGGUGAAGAAGAUCAUGCAACGUGUCAAAAACAAACUUGAUGAUCUGCCUUCUACGAAACUCAUUGACUUCCUCAGAGGUAAAAUCCAAACUUUGGAGAAAGACAAAAAAGAGAUAGUGGGUGUUUUUGGGAAGACUGGAGCUGGUAAGAGCUUCUUGAUUAACACCAUCUUGGGUGAGACGACAUUGCUGCCCUCUGGAAACCAAGGGGCAUGCACAUCGGUCAUGAUUCAGGUGGAGGCCAAUAUGACAGACUCGGACUCUAAAUACAUCGCAGAGAUUGAGUUCAUGACAGAGGAGGAAUGGAAAGAGGAGCUAUGGUCAAUCUUCAGAGACAGAUCUUACAAGGAUGGAAAUGAUGAAGACCAUGAAAGGGAUGACGACGAUGACGAUGAUGAUGGAAAGAUAACAUCUUUGUAUGGAAAAGAUGGACGUGGGGCAACCUUAGAAGAACUAAUGGACAGGAAGCACUUCAGAGAAAUUCCAGAGUUUCGUUUAUCAGUCAAGAAAAUAUUUGUAUGUGACACAGCAAAAAAACUCUCUGAAAAGAUAACUUGUUACACACGGAGUGACACACAGAGUGAUACAUUUAAAAGACAGUAUUGGCCGCUUGUGAAGUGUAUAACCAUCAAGGUGCCAAACUCCAAAGACCUGCUGGAGCAUGUUGUGCUGGUUGAUCUUCCAGGCAAUGGAGACUGCAACAAGAGCAGAGAUGAGAUGUGGAAAUUGUUUGUUGGAAACUGCUCUGCUGUGUGGAUUGUGAGCGACAUUGCAAGAGCAACUUCAGAAAAGGAAUCUUGGGAGAUUUUAGACAGCACCGUUAGUCUCUUUGGACCUGGUGGAGAAUGUCGAAGCAUCAGUUUCAUCUGCACCAAGACAGACGACAUUGAGGAGAAUCAAAAGGCUGAUGCACGUACCUGUAUUUUGCGCAGAAAUGAAACAACUAAGAAGCAAGUGAGGGAUAAAUUCAACAAACAAAAAGAAGUUAAGAAACACUUCAGUGGGGGAAAGGAUUUCCUUCAGGUGUUUACUGUGAGUUCCAAGGAAUACCAAAAGGAAAAGCAUUUGCAACAAGAAGAGACAGAAAUACCCAAACUUCAGGAAUUUCUCAGAAAUCUCAAUGAUCGUCGCACAAAGACUUCAGUUUAUGUUUCUGGAGCCUAUGGGAUCCUCUCUUUGAUAGAAGGAGCCAAAAGCAGCGACAUGACAGACCGCAAAGAAGAGGUGUGCCAGGUUCUUGAACAGAGGCUCAAGGAUGAGAUCAAGUCCAUUGGUCAAACUAUGGAUGAGGCUUAUGAGACUUUUGAACAAUGCCUCUCAGAAGGAGUUCGACAGUCAGAAGAAUCAUGCGAGAAAUUAAUGAAUAAAGUGAUAGCACCAAGAGGGAAAAAAGCUAGUGGCUAUCAUCAAGUAGUGAAGUCUUUAUGCAAGAAUGGUGGCGUUCACAAACCAAAAGGGAAAAGGGAAAGGAGAAGGGAAAUAAACCUUAAUGAGAGUUUAGCCUCAUGUAUGAGAAGUCUCAUUGAUGAACAGUUCAAGAUACAUUUCCCAAACGAGGGCAAAGGUGGCCCAAUCAGGGAGCAGAUUGAUACGUUCACCCUUGACACAAACAGCUUGGUUGGGGAGCACCCGGAUGUGUCACUGCAUCUGGCAUUCCUCAAGACGGAGGAAACUGAAUUGAAGGCAAAACUAAUCUUUGACCUCCGCGAGAAAAAGAAAAAAAUCUACUCCACUUUAACCGAGUCAAUCAAGGACACCAUGCAUCGAUGCUAUAUAAGGGCAUCAGAGCAUACAGGAAAAGAUUCUCUGAAAAGGAUGAAAGAUGAUUUACAUCAGCACAUGAAGAAUAACAACAUUUUCCAGAAGGCCAAGGAAGAUAUGCUGGAUCACAUCAUGAUGCAACUGAAGUGUAAACUACAAGAAUCAAUGGAUCUCUCACUCAAGACCCCCAACAGCUCGUUCCUCCCAGAUGAUGUCACUGUGGAGUAUAACAAGAUGAAGAUGUACUAUGAGAAACUGAUGGGUUGCUCUAGUACAGUACAAAUCACUCCAAGACCGGAUUUACACACAAAAACUACCAUAUUUGAAUCACAGUCUGGGAAUGGUAGGAAGCAUGUGCAGGUGUCAACAAGUGUAACAAUGUUAAAUCCUGAGAUUGUCAAAGAUCUUACAACACAUAACCACAAGCCUACAUAUAGGCUCCAAUGCUCCAAGGCAGGUCUUUUCCAGUGCAGUUCCACUGGUCUGGUGUUUCUGAUGGAAGGGAAGGGAGAUGUGGUUUACAAGGUGACUCAAUGGGACAGGAGCCUCCUGGGCUCCAGGACACCAGCAGGACCCCUGUUCAGCAUUGACUGUCCUGAGCAGUCUGUCUGCGAACUGCAUCUCCCACACUGUAUGUGUGAUGAGAAGGAUGACAAUGUGUCCGUGGCCCAUGUUACUGAUGGCAACAUGGAGAUUGUUCAGCCACUCAAGACGACUCCUACACACGUGAUUGUAAACAUCACACACCUCUCCCUCUUUGGCCUCAUCAGAAAUUGGUUCUCCUUCCUCCCAGUCCGAAGCCAGGUGCUGCUGUUCCUCCGACCACAAGGGAACAGACCCCAGAAGCUCAUACUGAAUGUUAUGUUGUUGCCCAAGAAUGUGCCACUUUGUGAGGUGGAAUAUCAACAGAGGGGGAGUACUUUCAUUCAAACCAGCUCCAACUGCACAUUGACUCCUAGAGGAAUAUAUGGUCUCUGCUGUGAGCUGGUUGCAAAUUUUAGCAUACAGCCAAAAAGUGACGCGUGGUGA